GAGUCGAUGUUGAGGGCAAAGUGACAUCGAUCUUUUUGGUCCACCUUGCUUUGUUUAUCUCAGCUUUCAGAAACGUAUUAUACAAUGUCAGCUUCGUCCAUGUCAUAUUACUAUGGCUAGCUCGGAAAAUUGCCUUUUGAUCUUGACCUGAAUAAUCUUCCACCUUUUUCUCUGUAAAAGCUCGACAUCUUUCGGUCUUCGCCAGCAACAGGGAACCCGUCCACGUUGUAUCAUGCAAUCAUCCCCAUCGACAAAGAUGGAAGUCGAUUCAGAACAACCGUUCGCAGAAACAGCCGCGCGUUGGAAUUGGAGCUUACCAGAGGAAGAAUGUCUAAUUCGGCUCAUUAAAAAGCACAAGAAAAGAGUUGAAGACGGUGAAAACCCCAAGGGCAAUCUCUUUGACGAGGUAUCCAUCGAGCUCAAUGAACUAGGAUUUGGCAUACAAAGAACUGGUACCGCGUGUGACCAGAAAUGGCGUCGAAUUUGCAACAAAAAUUCGACGCUGCGGGCCGCAGAUGCAUGGAAGGAUGACAAAGAUUUAGAUGCUGACUUCGAUGUCGCCGAACAUUCUACUUCAUGUGAGGAUGAAGCUGAUGGAGUUUUCACUAGCAUGGCCGACGAAAGUCAAAAGCGAUUUUGCAAGCCAUGGACUGAGGAAGAAUCCAGAAUUCUCUACGAGGAAAUCAAAACUUUUACGGAAUUGAGAGCUCAAGGAGGUUUACCAAAGUCCACUGCAGUGGAACUUUUCAAUCAUGUAACGCCAUUACUCAAAUUGAAAGGCUGUGUUAGAACCCCGCAGGCUUGUCAACGAUAUUGGCGCUCCACUGGUAGCGAGUUGUGGAACUACGAUGAGCGAGCUUUCGGUGAUUUUAAGUUGCUUGAUGUGCGCAGCGCAAAGUCUACCAAGCCAUCUUCUGAAAGCAAUGAUAGAGCAGUAGUGGAGGACAAAUAUCCAAGAGGAACGCUCAGAAAAGAACAAAAAAUUGCACUAAAUCAACUAGCUGAGCAGACACUAAGCCCUACCACGGAGCAAGAGGAGAGGCUCGUGAAAGAUCACAGCAUCAGUGCUUUCCAGAUUUCGACCUAUUUCGCAAAUAAGAGAUCCUGUCAAAAGAAGGAAACAGCAAAAAAUGCGGUAGACCAGGAAAAUCCCAAACGGAAGCAAUUUGAAAGAUUGGCCGAGGACAUCGCUGAUGGUAACGAGUCGGUUGUUGCUCGAGCAAAUCGUGUUUCGAGAAAUGCAAAGAGACCCAGAAUGUCAAGUUCCUCCCAGAUAGCAUUCAACAAUGAUGGAAGUAGUGCUCAGCUACGAUUAAGUACCGAAGAAGAUUAUAUUCGAAAGUCUUCUACCUCGUCACUACUUCCCAAACCUGCCAGAUUGUACACACCCAACACAGAGUUUAUAGGAUCGAAUGCCCCUAUCGAAAACAACAAUUCACCUCUGAGCCCCGAAAACACCAUGGAGAAUACACCAAAUUCAGAUGACGAGGCUGGAUUCAAAGAAAUGCAAGAAAUGGUGCUCGUUCAGCGUCGCAGAAUCGAGGAAAGAAUUGCAGCAUCGAUUGAUAGAAGAAAGCAACUGGAGUUAGAAACCAUUAGACAUCAGACUAGGGCGGAUAUGGAGCGAGAGGCGGCGGAAGGAACCCAGAAAAAAGUCGACGAGGAACUCAGGGUCGAGGCUCGAUUGAGGACUAGACUCAAUCAAAUCGGAAGCUUGUAGAGUAGAGGACAGGAGAACAUUUUCACGCGUUAUUAGCAUUGAUUCGCCUUUGCGCUGCGAGAGCUCUCCUCUUUUGCAAUCAACUUAUGAAGGGAUCGCUGUAUGUAAUUAGGACGGAAUAGUAGAUGCAGUUAAUAAUAAUACAAUAAUGGAUUCACAAGUUCA